AUGAACGCGUGCGGCGUCGAGUGCUGCCCGCACGCGGCGUACAAGCGCCUCGUCGCGGUCGCGUCGUAUCUCCACGUCCCCGGCGACGACGACGACGCGGACGGCGGCGGCGGCAUGGAGUCCAGGGUCGGACAGCUGUACCUGUACAACCUGAACAAGAAGCAGCCGACGCGAGAGAAACGCCGCGGACAGCUGUACUUGUACAACCUCGCGCCGACGGCGUCGAAGCGCGACGACGAGGAGGAGGAGGCGCGCGACGACUCCCGCGGCGGCGACGGCGAGGCGGGGGAAGGAAAGGAGAGAGCGGACGAGGCGACGAUCGACGCGGGAAAGGCGGCGAUGAACGCGAUCGAGGCGGCGGAGAAGCCGUGGGUGCGUCCGUCCUUCGACCGUGGCGUGCGCAUCUCCGCGUCUGUCGUCCGUCACCCACCACACGAUCUGCCACGGCAUCGAAUCUCGUCACGUGCUGACGAAUCGUACCCCGCCACGCGUCACCCCAUCAAAUCAAAUCAACAGGAGCGUUGGACGGAAGGGUGGGCACUCGUCCCCGCGGCGGCGCCGCUCGAGACGCGCGCGAUAUUCGAAACGCGAUGGGCGCCCGCGCGGUAUAACACGGAGAAAGGCCCGAAGCUCGCGGUCGCGGACGCGGGUGGGUACCUGACGCUGUACCAGAUCGACGCGGACCACGCGCGCGACUUUCCGAAGUACUCGCUGCCGUAUCGCGGCGUCGCGGCGAGGGAAAUUUCAAAAGUGCGCUGCGGCGGCGGCGGGUUAGGGAUGACGACGUGCGUGGACUGGAACCCCGGCGACGGCAGCCAGGACGCCGCGGCGUCGAGCACGAGCACGAGCGAGAACCCCGCGCUCGCGGUCGUCGCCGCCGACGGCAGCCUGCGAACGAUCGCGGUCCGCGAGGACGGCGCGUUGGAAGUCGCGGCGACGCGAGAGAAGGCGCACGAUCUCGAGGCGUGGGCCGUCGCGUUCGCGUCGCCCGCGAUGGCGCUCGCGCGCCCCGGCCAAGUCAUCUUCACCGGCGGCGACGACGCCGCGUUUAAAGCGUGGGACGUCCGCGCGAACUUCGGGGAGAAAUCCGCGCCGUUGUUCUCGAACAAGAAGACGCACGGCGCGGGCGUGACGUGCGUCGCGCCGUCGCCGCACGACUGCCACGUCGUCGCCACCGGUUCCUACGACGACGUCGUCCGUCUGUGGGACGUUCGCAACGCGUCGAAGGCGCUCGAGAUUGGCCACGUGAACGUCGGCGGCGGCGCGUGGCGGCUGCGGUGGCACCCGUCGCAGCGGAAGCUCGCGGCCGCGGCGAUGGGCGGCGGCGUCGCGAUCGUCGAGUGGACCGGACGCGAACGCGUCGAGCGGAAAGUCGACGAGGCGGCGGGGGAGGCGUCGCUCGAGUACGAGAUAUCGUUCGGGAGCGUCGACAAAGAGCCGUCGUACGAGGCGCACGGGAGCAUCGCGUACGGCGCGGACUGGGGGUGGCGCGGCGACGACGGCGACGGCGACGACGACGACGACGACGACGACGACGACGACGACGACGACGGCUCGUCGGAUUUGGAUUCCUCCCGCGGGAUCCCCUCGAACGAACUCUUGAAGUCCCCCGGAGGCACGUUCCACCGAGCCGGGGAGGCGACGAAGACGUCCGUGAUCGUGUCGUGCAGCUUCUACGACCGCGGCUUACACUGCUGGUCCCCGAGCGUGGAGGACGAGAUCGAGCCCGUCGUGGACGGGGCGGCGAAUCCGACGAAGCUUCGUCGGAGCGUCGCGAGGGCCCGAGAAGAGUUCGACGACGACGACGGCGGCGGCGGCGGCGGCGGCGGCGGCGGCGGCGAGGCGGCGAUCGACUCGGACCAGGAGAUCAACUCCGACGGCGAGCACGGAGUCUCGGACUCGGACGACGCGGCGGACGCGGCGCCGCCGCCGCCGAAGAAGAAGGAGAAGGGUGGCGGGUGUGUCGUCAUGUAG